AAUUCAAUAAAUUUCAGACAUACAAUAAAUAAAUGUAUAUCAGAGGCCCUCAGCAGGGCAAACCACGUUGUUUUACGUAUUAUUUUUUUACUCUGAUGUCAAUUCGUAGGGGUACGAGAGAAAGCAAAGUAAAGAAGUAAGGAGUUGAGCCUAAUGCAAGCUGAUAUAAAUUUGUUAUAAACAUGUGUAGGCAUACUGGGCAUGUUUUAUACCUAUUUGGACAGUUUCAUGGGGGACAUCGGAUGAUUUGAUCAAAUAAUAAUAGUUGCUUAGAGGAAGCUCCAAUGAUUACUGCCCCUUUAAAACAUCGUGAAGAUUAAAAAUAUGUUUUUUUUUUCUUAUCACUUACCUACUUAGCAUCCAUUCAUUGUUUCAAUAUCCGUAAAGUGCACAGUGUGUAAGUAAGUCUGUUAAUAGCAACAAAAAUGUUGUAAAUCCAAUAAAUUUUCCAUCCUUAGCAUAUUAUUUUCUUGACACCGCUCCGCAAAAUAUCAUUCUAAAAUUGUCCGCAUGAUGUUUACAGGUGGCGUUUGCUACGGGGAGGAUUUUUCUGUCGUUUUCUGUUCUUGCGAUGCUGCGCGGUAGCGCAUCUGUUUAAUCAGUACCGUAUCAGCAACAACAGCAUCGUCGACGGAGACUAAUACUUACAUUACAUUAGCGCUCGAUCAUCUUCUUGUGACUAUUAUUCAAUUUCUAUACUAUACUGUGAACUUGUUAUCAGCCUUUUUAUGCGUAUUUCAAUCUCGACACGGCGUUGUCAAAGUAAAAUGUACCCGUCGUCCAUCCGGAAGGGUUAUGGAUUGACGGCGACUUGAUAUGAUGUUCAUUGUUUCGGGGUGUGGCUCCCUUGAUGAGUGCGCGCGGGACAAUUUGUAAAUCAUAAAUGUUGUCAACCAGUGAACUGUUAAUUACUGUUGCUUACUGCACAUUGCACGGCAUUCAUGGGUAGAGCUGAGCACUAGAGUUUUGUCGAGCUUCCAUUCCGCGUGACAGCGUAACUGUGUCUAUGUGUGCGUGCGUUUGUCAAUGUGAGGGUGACCUUACUAAUCGUUUAUCGUUAGUAUAUAUCAUUACUUGAUACAGUUGAUACUUUCUGCUCCUGAUGUGAGGGUAUACCUCCUUUUGCCUGCGUAUACACACGUGAUUGAAGUGUCGAAGAAGAAGUAAAUAAGACGGAGGGAGAGAGAGAGGAGCACAAAAGACGAGAUCGAGCGGUGGAGAGAGAAAGAGAGAACAAGAUCAGGACAAUGCCCCAGGCCAUGCAGUGAGUUUAAGUAAGUACGUCAUGUUGCAGCAGCAGCAGCAUAUGUAGCUGUCAUGGCUGGGUGAGCGGCAGCAACGGCAAUAGAACACAUGACAUCUGUUGAUUUGGAAUCUGCGAGUCGAUUGUUUGGCAAAACAAAGAGAUUUGAGGCUUACCGCUUGCUGCAGAUCCGCAUGAUACCACAAGAUUCUAUGUGGGAUGAGUACCCACGAGUAUACCGAGAUGUCUCGGUUGGCAGAUUACUUUGUCAUUGUGGGAUACCAUCAUGAAAAAGAGAGGAGUGGUACAAGUAGUGGAAUCAUUUUACAAAGAUUUCCGGAAAAAGACUGGCCUGACACUCCAUUCAUCGAAGGAAUAGAAUGGUUCUGUCAACCUCAAGGAUGGGCUCUCUCCACCGAGAGGCAAGAGCCAAGGUUCUUUGUCUCGAUAUUGACAGAUAUAGACGCAAACAGGCAUUAUUGUGCCUGUAUGUGCUUCAACGAGACAGUUUCAAUAACACCAAGCAAACCAGUGGAUGAAGAAGAAGACACUGUCGAUGGAGAUAGCAGAACUUUAGUCGUUAAAGCCUUGCCUGCUGUUGCCCAUCACAGCAUCAUGUAUGCUCCGAAAUGUUUGGUUUUAGUAUCUAGAUUAGAUUACAUUGAAACGUUUCGGAAUUGCCUUGGCAUUAUUUAUACGGUUUACAUAGAAAAUCUCGGAAUACCCUUAGAAACUCUUGUUGGCAACAUUUUGGGAUGCAUACAAGUGCCACCAGCUGGUGGACCACAAGUUCGUUUUAGCAUUGGUGCCGGCGAUAGACAAGCGUUGCAACCACCCAUUAGCCCCUCACUUCCCAUUACUCACACUAGCGUUAAUUUGUUAUUUCAGCAGUUGGGUAUUCGCAAUGUGUUGGUAUUAUUCUGUGCUGUUAUGACAGAACACAAGAUUCUGUUUCACUCUGCGAGUUAUUCACGAUUAACCGAAGGCUGUAGAGCACUUAUUGCUUUGAUGUAUCCAUUUCGUUAUAAUCACGUAUACAUUCCACUUUUGCCAGCUGCUCUAGUCGAAGUUUUGAGCACCCCAACUCCUUUUAUAAUGGGCGUGCAUAGCUCUCUAAAAUCGGAAGUAGCUGAAUUGAUGGAUGUUAUUGUGGCGGAUUUGGAUGGUGGUUCGAUCAUGGUACCUGAUAGUGUGUCACUCUCCCUGCUACCGGAACCACUUUUGUCACAAAUGCAAGACGCAUUAUCGUCAGUGCUGCAGCCAGAAUUAGCUUGCGCUGAUUAUGCAUUUCCACCGUUAGCAACGAGAGCACCACACCCGCCAAUGCUAGACAAGGAAUUACGCGCCGUUUUUAUGAGAACUUUUGCUCAACUUUUACAGGGUUAUCGUAGCUGUCUCACGCUCAUUCGCAUUCAUCCUAAACCAGUUAUAACAUUUCACAAAGCCGCUUUUCUCGGAGAACGUAACUUGACAGACUGUGAUUUUACAACGCGAGUGUUGGACUGCAUGUUUUUCACUUCAUUUGUAGCUGAAAGAGGUCCACCGUGGCGAGCUUGCGAUGUCUGGGAUGAAUUACACAGUAACUUAAACGAUCUAUUAAAACAGGAAGCACAAGAUCAUCGAUUAAUCUUAACGCACAUUCAAGAAUUGGCACAACAUCUAUACACAAACGAAAAUCCCAAUCCUCAGCCAUAUGUUCAGAAAAUUCUAAAGCCUCCUGAGGGAGCUUUUGCGAGAAUUCACCAGCCGUCUCUUCCUCGCAUAAAUCCUGAAACGGUACAUGCCAUAAUUGACGAAGGUCUGGCAAAAAGCAAUCUCAAAGUUAGAUUGUCGUCUCUAAGGCCAAUUCAGCCGCGAAUCGUUCCAGUGGGACCACACAUAUCAAUAACACACGAAACCCGCCAUCUGGUCAGUAACUCAGCACGCCGGCUCGAAGUAUUGCGUAGUUGCAUCAACUGCAUUUUUGAAAACAAGAUAUCGGACGCACGAAAGACCUUUCCUGCAGUACUCCGUGCUUUAAAAAGCAAAGCCGCAAGGCUUGCACUCUGUGCUGAGUUAUCGCAACAUGUCGUCGGCAACAAAGCAAUGCUGGAACACCAACAGUUCGAUCUCGUAGUAAGGCUUAUGAAUUGUGCACUUCAGGACGACUCGUCGAUGGACGAGCAUGGAGUAGCAGGAGCACUACUACCACUUGCUGCUGCUUUUUGCAGAAAGCUCUGCACUGGAGUUAUUCAGUUUGCUUACACAUGCAUCCAAGAGCACGCAGUGUGGCAGAAUCAGCAGUUUUGGGAGGAUGCUUUUUAUUUAGAUGUACAGAAAGACAUCAAACGUCUGUAUGUACCCAGUGAUAACAAUCUGAUGAGACUGAAUGAUAAUAUUCUUAGUCCCACGAGUCCAAGGGACAACAAGGAACUAUCAUUCAGAGAUAGGACUCUUCUUUAUCGAAGUCAGGAAGCGUCAGCUCUAGAAAUUGCUGCAGAACAAAUGCGAAUAACCUCUUCUAUCAGUCAGGAAAAGCAGCGAGAGUUAAUCGCCAGCGAAGAAAGUACACUUUACAGUCAAGCUAUUCAUUAUGCCAACAGAAUGGUAAAUCUACUUGUACCAUUAGACAUGGGAGCCAAGAAUCAUCGCCAAGGACACAUUUUAGACGACGAGCGAGCAAGCAACAGCAUAACAAAUAGUGUAGCUAGUGACAGCGGUGACGCAGAGUCUGGUUUUGAGGAAACGGAUCCUGGAGAAAUGGGUAGCGUGGUUAUUCGGAUGGUCUCGAGAUUUGUCGAUCGCGUAUGCACCGAGGGCGGCGUAAGUACCGAACACGUCAGGUGCCUUCACCAAAUGGUACCGGGUCUCGUUCAUAUGCACAUCGAAACUCUGGAAGCUGUGCACCGCGAAAGCAAACGGCUGCCUCCCAUUCAGAAGCCAAAAAUAUUGACACCCAAUAUGUUGCCUGGAGAGGAAAUCAUAAUGGAUGGCUUGCGCGUAUAUUUAUUGUCUGAUGGCAGGGAAGAAGGCUCUAGUGGUCCUCCAAGGACACCGCCUUUCUUACCUGCAGAAGGAGCGAUAUUCCUCACGAACUAUAGGAUCGUUUUCAAAGGAAUCCCCUGCGACCGUUUUGCUUGCGAACAGAUGGUAGUUCGAGCUUUUCCGGUGACUUCGUUGACAAAAGAAAAACGAGUUCCCGUUCCACACUUGGCUCAAAUCGAUCAAUGUCAGCAAGAAGGUCUCCAAUUACGUUCGUGCACCUUCCAGUUGAUUAAAUUGAUGUUUGACGAAGAAGUGACGCCUGAAAAUAUUGAAACUCUGCGCAAACUGGUUCACAAGGCUCGAAAUCCUCCACACAUUUUUCAUCAUUUUGCUUUUUGCGGACAAGUACUGGUUACCCCCACAACUCACAAUAAAGACAAAGAAAAGCACGCUUCCUUCAAGGGUUUUGCAAAAAAAACUCUCUUAAAUACAGCAAGAAAGGCCGGCUUUAAGCCGAAGCAAUCCUCGAAACGGCAAAAAUACGUUUUGCCAAACAUGAAUCUCACUAGUAACAAUAAAUACAUGACAUCUCCCAGUCGCAUGAGUUUGCCAAUAACAGAAAAUAAUGAUUUAAGCCACGACGAUGAUUUAAGCGUCGAUGAAUUUGAAAUGCCAGGGAUCGUUGUUCCACCGGUGACAGAUGCCAAAACGUUGGAACGACUGUCUGAGCGCAGCUACGUGCGCGACUGGUAUCGUCUUGGCUUAUGCUCAAACGGCCCGCAGAACAAUCGACGCAACGAGCCGUUCCGACUGACGUCAGUUAAUUGUGCCUAUAUGAUAUGCCGAAGCUAUCCUGCUCUAUUUAUAGUUCCUACCUCCGUGUCUGACGAGAGCAUUCGUAGGUUUUGUAGACUUUACAGACAUAAUCGAAUUCCUAUAGUUACUUGGCGCCAUCCGCGCACCAAAGCACUGAUCAUUAGGGGUGCCGGAUAUCAUGGUAAGAGCGUAAUGGGUAUGCUUAAGGCUCAUCCGACAUCUGCUGGAAAUCUCAAAGCAAGCUCAUCCGAAAGCACAUCGACGCUAGAACAAGAAAAAUACUUAACGGCUCUCGUCGCCAAUACUCCGGUGUCGAUAUUGCGACAGAAUUCAGCAUGGGGUAUGUCGGAAAGCUCAUUAAGCAUCGAUUCGCUUUUAUUGGCAGCUGAAGAUAGAAACGCGACUCCAGAGCAGUCGCGGCGGAAUCCGUUUAACAAAGCCAUGGGAACUUUAGGUUCUGGAGGUAAAGGUCCAAACAAUUUCGGUAGGUGGGGAUCUUUAAAGGACAAGAGGCACAAUUCUCAGGCAUCUUUGGUGUCGGCGAAUCAAAGAGGCACCGUGAGACACUCUGCUGAUUCCGAUAGUGGCACCGAAUGUGUUCAUACUUUUCAAAAAGCUGCUCUGUACAUUCUUGGAGAAAAGUCGCAUAUGAAGGGUGUCAAAGCUGAAUCGGCGCCCAAAACUGACUUCAUUCCAGUUGAGUUUUACGACGUAAGGCAUACUAAAGCCGCAUUCAAAAAACUCGUCAGAGCCUGUGUGCCAAGCUCACCUAGUGUAGAACCGGAUUCAAGUUUUUAUAAAUUGAUCGAGAGUUCAGAGUGGUUGCAACAAUUGCGAAACUUGAUGCAGUUGUCUGGUGCAGUAAUAGAUCUCAUGGAUCUACAAGGCUCUUCUGUGGCAGUAUGUCUAGAAGAUGGUUGGGACACCACAGCUACGGUAUGCUCGGUCGCUCAAAUAUGCAUGGAUCCGCAUUAUCGCACAAUCGAAGGUUUCCGCACGCUCAUCGAAAAGGAGUGGCUUGGUUUUGGCCAUCGGUUCGGCCACCGCAGUAAUCUUGCAGCACAUUCGCAAACGACUAAUUUCACGCCCACGUUUCUUCAAUUCCUCGAUAUCGUACACCAGAUCCAACGUCAAUUUCCCCUUGCUUUCGAAUUUAAUGAUUACUACUUGAAGUUUCUCGCGUAUCACUCGGUAUCCUGCCGAUUUAGGACUUUUUUGCUUGAUUGUGAGUUUGACAGAGUCGAGUGCGGAAUCACUGCAGUCGAAGACAAACGCGGUUCUCUCACGAGUCAUCACAAGGGUGUGGACACCGGUAGUGAUGACGACACCAUUUAUCCGGGUGGACGAUUGGCUGGUACGCAUGCCGUACCCAACUUGGGUCAGAGUAUAUUCGAUUACAUAGAAAAGCAGCAUGCAAGGUGUCCUUUGUUUUACAACUUCUUGUUCACUCCAAACACCGAGCACCCGAUUCUUCGACCGGUAUCGGAGCUUUCUUGUUUGGACAUUUGGAAUUACUAUUUGGAAGAGGAGUUGGCCCACGGACCGGCUUAUGAUCUCGAGAUACUCCAGCAGGAUUCACAACAAGAAGAAGAAGCAGAGGCUGCCGAUGGUAUCGUUAAAAGCAAUCGAAAAGUCGUUACCCAAGGGUACAACAGCGUUAACUCGAUGGUUCCCGAUCAGUUUACACAUCUUUUGGAGGAAAUUCACAAACUUGAAACGGAACUGGGACACUUGCCUCAGAAGUGGAAAGUGUUGUGGGACAAGCUUGAGUUGCCCAACACUGAUUCACUAACGAGACACGCAUCGUUUAGUACAGCUCUCGUGAGACAUCACGGGCGAUUAAUUCAUAAACGUUCUACAUUAGAAUUAUUACUCAAGGGAAAACUUGCUGGAAGUAGCGCGACUGGAACUGAAAAUUCUCCGGCUUAUGUUCAUCCUCACAGAUUUGAAAGACUGGAUACAGCCACACCAACGCACUGUGAUGCGUGCUCUGGGGUUUUGUGGGGUCCUGUGAAAGCUGGUAUUAGAUGCGUCGACUGUGGACACGUAUGCCAUGAAAAAUGUGCCGAUUCCGUGUCGAAGAAUUGCACCAAAUACAAGACGGUAGGGUCGGAGAAUGUACAAAAUCACACCCUCACUCGUAAUGGAGGUGAUAACGGAAGCGUUAAUUCGAGCGUCACAACCUUACAAACCUCAUCACAACAAUAUUAUGAACAAUUUUCUAGUAAUGUAGCCGAAAAUCGAACGCAUGAAGGGUACUUGUACAAACGUGGGGCGCUACUUAAGGGGUGGAAGCAAAGGUGGUUUGUUCUAGAUUCAAUAAAACAUCAACUUAGAUAUUAUGACGCAAUGGAAGAUUCCAACUGCAAGGGUUACAUAGAUCUUGCUGAAGUUGUUUCUGUAACUCCUGCAACACCUGUACAAGCACCUGGAAAAAAGACAGACGACAAAUCGUUUUUCGAUCUUCGCACAAAUCGUCGGACAUACAACUUCUGUGCAGGCGACGCAACAACGGCACAAGAAUGGAUCGAGAAGGUUCAGGCGUGCUUGCAGUAGUGCCUCUAUUUCAAAUUGUCUUUGUACGAAGUUAAUCAAGUGAUUGAUUUUCUUAUUUGUAUAGUGUAAUCGUAAACGUCAAAAGCAGUUAAUUUAUGUUUGAAGUUAUGUAAUUCUAUUGAAGAAACAAGAAAUUUAUUAAACAUUAUGUGAUUAUGAAAUAUUCCAAAUGGAAUAGGUGUAGGACUAUUGUUCUAUAACAAGGACGACAGUUGAUAAAAAUUAUUCUAAUUUUUAUAAGUGUUCAAUUUUUGCCUUUUCGAUGAGUAAUUACAUAAUUUACGAAAAUGUUAAAGAUUUUCUUAUUAUAAAAUGUCUGUUUUGUACUUUUCAACGGAGUAGGUUAAAUUGUAACACAAAUUAUUAAUACAUAAGCUAUGCAUAUCCCAUGCUAGAUUUGCAAUAUACGACUUUUGCUUGUAAUGGAUCUUAUACAAUCAAACAAGAAAAACCUCUUAAAGUAAACAAAAAGAACCCUCUUCCAAAGCGUUUUAUUACAUUUUGGAUUCGAAUUGCAUAGCAAAUGGACAAGAAAAAGAAUAGCGUUGAAGAUAUAUAUUAUUGUAAGAUUAAAUGAUAGUAAAAUUUUUUGUCGCUGAUUCAUUUUGAGUCUGGUUUAAAUAAAAAAUUGUACAAAUGCUCUUGUAUAAAUGGCAACAUUAUAGACAUAUAUCGUA